CGUGGUGCAUUGUAGGUAUUUUUUUCACCACGUGACUUUAGUGUGGUGGGAAACUCGAAAUGGCGUCGGUGGUGCAGAACUCGCGUCUCUCUGCAGAAAACUCGAUUUUCUCGUCUUCCAGGACCCUGAGAGAGAGCAGCAGCAGCAGUGGUUCCAGUGACAGUGAAGAGAGAAACACCCUGUUAACAACCAUGUUAGCAGCACAGAAGACGGCAUCACCUCAGCAGCACAAGCGCAGGAAAGUCAAAUCAUUCAAGGACAGGUCAAAAAUGUCAGUUGCAUCUCCGAAGAGAAAGAAACUUCAGACUCUCCAGCUUACAGCCAAACCUGGUGAACUGGCUGGGAACAACACCAUUCUCAGGUUCCUGGACAAGAAAAGCACCAAGAGGAAAAGCUGCUCGGACGGAGAGCGGAACAAGCCAGUCAAACUUCCUCGGGCUGACUUGACGUCACGCACAACUACCACAGCUCCCGUGAUCUACAACGAUCAAGACUCGUCAUCAAACGACAGCAGCAGCUGUGAUGAUAGCAAGUCUCUGGCACAGGAGGCACUGGACAUCAUGAAGAAUGAGCCUACUUCUGAGUCCUACUGGCAGGAUGUGGCAGAAGAGAGGAGACUGGCACUAGUAGACACACUCAAGGAAAAUGAAGAACUUCACCAACAACUGGAAGAGAAAAAAGCCGUGAUCAAGGAAAAGGAGGGAGUGAUCAAGGAAAAGGAGGCAGUGAUACAGGAUCUGACAGAAGAGAAUGAAACUCUGAGGGAGAUGGCUAAACAGACUGAGGACAUUCUGUCUAUCUUGAAGCCAAUAACUGAAGAUGAGGAGAACCAAGGGUGUGAAGACAAGAUAGUGGAAGCUGCUUCAUCAUCAUCAUCAUCCCGCACACAGGAAGAAGGACCCACGUCAUCUCAAGAAGGACCAGACAGCAGCUGAUGUACUUCACAUGAAAUUUUGUUAAGACCUGUAAAAUGUUCUGUAAUUGAUUGGUUAUUUAAGUGUUUCCUUUCUCUGUAUCCUGUAUAUAGUUUGUGAUACUGCAAGUUUUAGCUUUAGGAAUAGACCAAGGUUGGACAAGUUUUCAAAAAAGUACAUGGUCCAAAUCAACUUUAACAAAAUUUAAUGUCACAUUUUUUUUUACUUGCUGUACAGACUUUUUUAGUUCCAACUUCAUAACAUGUACUUAAAGUAUACCUGUAGAUAAUAAAACAGGAAUUUUUUGGCACUGUGCACUGAACUCUUAUAUGUUUUCUGCACCUCGAAUACAGGACUGCUCUCUAGUGUGAGAUUGCAUGUGUGGAAUUUUAGAUGCAUUCUAUACUGGAGAAAGCAACGAAAUUUUGUGAAACAGUUGUUUGCAAAGGCCUUGUUCAACACAUGUAAAAAGCUGCUAAGUGCCCAAAGACAAAGUCGACGGGCACAUGUUUUAUGUGUAUUAUUUUUGUCCAUUUAUCAAAUAAAAUGUGUCCCUUCUUGACAA